UUCUCUAGUAAUAGAGCGCUAGUGGCGCUAGCUUUCUUCUGGUCGGUUUCCUUCGCGCCCCUUGCGCGUCCCGACAAACCGCGCGUGUCGCAUUGGUGACUGCGAGCGGCUGCAUCACGCGCAAACGCGGCGCUGUGUGGUCCGUGCAUAUCGGUGAAAUGUGAGGAGCGAUUCGCUAAUCGGGCUGGGGCCGCGCGCCCGAUAAACGCGUCGCGCUGCCAUGCACGACGGCUCGAUGCGCGUGCCCUCGAAGUGCGUCUUGGCGCUGCUCGUGGGCGCCGUCCUCGUCGCCGUGUACGUGCUGCUGCCCGGUAGGAGGAGCAGCGCGAGGCUCUCGUCGCCGGCCGCACCCCCCGUCAUCCUCAUGUGGACGCCUUUCUUCCGCGACCAGGUGUGGAGCGCGGAACUUAAGCCCUCCGCGUGCGGCGGCGAGCCGCCCUGCGUGCGCACGUCGAACCGCAGCGCACUGAGCGCGAGCGCGCUGGUUGUAUUCCACCUUCGCGAUGUGCGCGUCGACGACUUGCCACCGGAGCGACCGCGCGGCCAGCGCUGGGCGCUCUUCACUCACGAGUCGCCCGCCUACGAGUCGUGGCUGCCGGACGCCCUGCGGAGCGCCAUGAACUGGACGGCCACGUACCGCUCCGACUCGGACGUCAACGUGCUGCCCUGGUUGCAGAAGGUGGCCCGCCCACCGCUGCCGACGCGCAACUGGUGGGCCAACAAGACCCGCCAGGCCCUGUGGUUAGUGAGCAACUGCAAGACGUUCAGCAACCGCGAGGGUUUCGUCCGGGAACUCUCCAAGUUCAUCCAGGUGGACGUGGUGGGUGCGUGCGGCGCCAAGGGCGGCCCCUCGUGCUUGCCCAAGAUGGCGGAGCGCUGCUACCGCCAGGCGUCCAAGACCUACUACUUCUACCUGUCCCUGGAGAACUCCAUCUGCACCGACUACGUCACCGAGAAGUUCUUCAAUGCGCUCAACUGGGGCAUGGUGCCCGUGGUGCUGGGCGGAGCCAACUACAGCCGCAUAGCGCCGCCCGGUUCCUACAUCGACGCCCUGGCCUUCCGGAACGUGCGCCAGCUCGCCGACCACAUGAAGCUCGUGGCCUCGGACAUGCGCCUGUACAACAGCUACCACGCGUGGAGGCAAAACUACUCGUACGCCUGGGAGGACUUCGGGUGCGGCUUCUGUAGAAUGCUGCACAACUCGUCUGCGCCGGUGAAAGCGUACAGCGAUUUCAAUGAGUGGUGGUUCAAUCAAGCUCGCUGUUAUACGUGGAAGAAAACGUUUAGGUAUGGCAACGUUGGGGGCUAGUGCGGACCAACGUUACUUGAUUAGGAACCUAAUCUAGUAACUUUGGCGCGGACUAUAGCGAAACUUGCGUUAUUGAAUGAGCCUCGGUAAACCCAGAACAAAUUUUCGAAUCGAGUCGGAGCAGGUAUUUUUGAUGCGCUUCCCAGAUAAAGGAAAAGUAUAAAGAUAUCGUACAGUCGGUUUGGCAAAAAGAAAAAAUAUAUAAAUAAGGGGGUGUGGGCUUAUUUACAU